AUGCUUCACAAAUUGAAUGCGCGCAUGGUCGAUGUCGUGGAUAAUUUUGCCUUGGUAAAGUCACAAAGUAUUCAAUCGCGCGUGGUUGUUGUUGGAUAUGAGCAGUGUGGGCGCGGUGGGGGCAGUGAGGAGAAGAAGCAACAGCAGAAUGCAACACCUGUUUCUCAUUCUGAUUCUGAUUCUGUUGGAAUGGGAGUGGCAAAGUCAAAUAUUGGCGAUGACAUUGAUAAGCCUUCCCCACCAUCAGCAGCAGGAGGAGGAGGAGGGUUCGAUAUAUGUCUCCCUAAACAACCUGGAUGCGUGGUUCUGAAACCUCCUUUGCUUGUGAAAAACAGAGAGAGAAGACUGUCUGGUAAUAGCAAUAGUAAUAGUAAUAGUAAGAACAAUAGCAAUGUAUCAUUAUUAAGGCCUGGAAUGGUCCUUCUGAAGGGUUACCUUGCACCGAGCGUUCAGCAGAAGAUAGUGGAAAAGUGCAGGGAGUUGGGGGUGGGCGAAGGAGGAUUCUACCAGCCUGGGUACGAGGAAGGGACCAAAAUGCGUUUGAAGAUGAUGUGCCUCGGAAAAAACUGGGAUCCUCGCACCUCUCAAUACGGAGACCGACGUCCAUUCGACGGAGCCAGACCCCCCGACAUUCCUCCCGAGUUUCAUACAUUGGUCAGCAAUGCACUUCGUGAUUCCAACGCCCACACACCUCAUAAUCCCCUUCCCUCCAUCUCUUCUGACAUCUGUAUUGUCAAUUUUUACUCCCAAACUGGUCGUCUGGGUCUUCAUCAAGACAAGGAUGAAAGUGAAGACUCUCUUCGCCGAGGCUUGCCCGUCGUCUCCUUCUCCAUUGGAGACUCUGCACACUUCCUCUAUGGAGAUCACAGGGACCCCGACACGGCACAAAAACUGCUACUUGAAUCUGGGGAUGUUUUGAUCUUUGGUGGCCCCGCUAGAAAUGUAUUCCAUGGCGUUACUGAUAUUCUUCCAACCUCUGCCCCCAACUUCUUGCUCCAACACACUAAUCUACGCCCUGGUCGCUUGAAUCUCACUUUCAGACAGUACUAA